GCACUCUUAUAGGAGGCUCCCAGCAGAGAAGCGGUCAGUGAACGGCGGAGCGCGCACCGGACCAGCUCGUUAACUUGCCCGCUUCCUUUGCCCCCCCUGCAGCUUCAGCAGCAACCACAAACCGGACUACCGGGCUAACUACCGGAGAGAGAGAGAGAGGAAGAGAAAGAGGAAGAGGAAGAGAGAGAGAGAGUCCUCCAGCACUCCAGACAGCCUCAGACUGGUCGUCAUCGUCUCUUUUACUCCGGAGACUGCGGAUUUUAUCCUUGAUCUUUUCCUGUGGAUACUGAGAGCGCGCACCGCCUCCCUGAGAUAAACAAAGUGCACGGACAUUAAAUCUGCUGUUCUCUGGGAAACAUAAAUCCUCUAUCCGUCCGCGCGUCGGUUCAGCCGUUUUCUCUGCCCCCCAUCCGGUUCAACUGCACCGGUCAGACUUGGAAAGAGCAACAGCCUCCACCGGCGCAUCAGUGAGGUAGAAAAGCCCGACACCAAGCUGCAGAGAUGGAUGAGAUGGACCUGCCCCAGAUGAAGAAGGAGGUGGAGAGCCUCAAGUACCAGCUGGCCUUCAAACGAGAGAAGUCCUCCAAAACAGUGACUGAUUUGGUAAAGUGGAUAGAGGACGGUGUCCCCGAGGACCCCUUCCUGAACCCGGAGCUGAUGAAGAACAACCCGUGGGUUGAGAAAGGAAAAUGCAUCCUCCUCUAGAAGACGCCGUCCAUCCGCCCGCCACAACUUUAACCCUGCUGACCAACAACCAACACUCACUUACAAACGUCCCCAGAACCCCAACCGUCCUGUCCCGGCCCGUGAAGGCAUCGCCAGGACCUCCUAACCUCUCACCGUGAAUGUACAACAGCUGAUGUCCCCACAACUACACACAAACACUCUGACAAGGGCACAGAAACACACACUGAAAGAGACACACACUAACACACGCCAAACAUUGGGAUUUUCCCAGACUGCCACACAUUCACUGCAAGUUUAUUGCUGCCACGGCAACGCAUCAUUACUCUGAUAUAUGACGACGAUGAUCAAUACUCCUAUUACAUGUCUCUGUAUGAUAUAUGAUGACUUAUUUAUGCAGCUGCCAGUCACACACUUUCUCU